AUGCAAAUCAGUUUGCAUAAAUCAGUUAAUAGAUUCGAGAGAAAGGGGAUUUCAAUGAACCCCGUCAUAGCAACAACUUGUCGCGUGCUCCGCCUCCGCUCAUCCACCACGCCUGCCUGCGUGAACCUCACAGAUACCUCACGCUCCGUGCAGCUGCUCAAGAUCAACGGCUUCACUGCAACAAAGAAGGCACCAAGGGAUGAGCUGGAUGAAUCACGAUAUCUGAAAGACGAGUGCAUUGUUGUGCAAUUACAGUCCUGCUCGGUGAAAGAAAGGAUGCAGCGGCAGCUAAUGCCGCACCCAGUGUUCCAUCGUCCGACCUGCACAACCAAUUUGGUGAGCUGCUGCGGAUCAGCCAGAAGGUGUGUGCUUGCAGCAAGGUCGACAGUUUUCAUGGCCGAGCUCUUUGGGGACAUGAAGGACAACUCCUCGGCGUGCAUUGAGGUCAAGGACAUGGAGGUGGAGGUAUUCAGGGCCAUGCUCUAUUUCAUCUACACGGACACGGUUCCUGAGCUGGAGGACGGGAAAAUCAUGUAUUAG